AGUAUAGUUUGGACGCACGCACUAUGUGACGAGAGAGCUGCUGCCGUUGGCGUUGCCUCGCGGACUGGCCCGCACCGCACCUACAUCACUUUGACUGCAAACAUCUUUUUUCAAGCUGGAAAAAAGCCAACACGCACCUCACGCACGAAGCUGCAACCCCCACCACCGAACGCCCGCCCGCCUGAGCCUAGCGGAAAGCUUCGCAUUUGGGAUACCUCUUGUUGUUCUUGGCGAAGAGAGACGAUUCGAAUUCACCGAUCUUUCUGUGUUUGGUCAAUCCGCUGCGCCCAGGGCAAAAUCCACUUUGGAAAGCUCCGUUCAGACCAAACCUGCCUACGGCUAGACAGACGACGACGACAACGACGGCGACGCGAUCGAGAGGAGGCUCCUACUGCCACCAUGUCAGUGCUUCUGGAAACCAGCUCUGGCGAUAUCGUGAUUGACCUGCUGGUCGAUUACGCGCCCAAGCUUUGCGAAAACUUCCUGAAGCUUUGCAAAGUCAAAUAUUACAACUUUUCACCAGUCCACUCUGUUCAGAAGAACUUUUCCUUCCAGACCGGCGAUCCUCUUGGACCCUUAUCGAAACAGUCCGAUGGAGGCACCUCUAUUUGGGGCCUGCUGUCGGGCGACAGCUCCAAGAAGAUGUUCCCGGCCUUCUUCCACCCGAAAUUGAAGCAUCUCGAGCGAGGCACCGUCAGCAUGGCGACGGCGCCCCUGGAUUCCGACCCGGAUACGCGCGUGGCGGCUUCUCAGUUCAUCAUCACCUUGGGCGAUGAGACGGACUACUUGGAUGGCAAGGCCGCUGUCUUUGGCAAGGUCGUGGAGGGCUUCGACGUGUUGGAGAAGAUCAACGAGGCCAUCGUAGACGACAAGGGGCACCCCCUUAUCGACAUUCGAAUCAAGCACACCAUCGUUCUCGACGACCCGUACCCCGAUCCCCCCGAGCUGCGAGAGCCUAGCGCCUCGCCUCCUCCGACCAAGUCACAACUCGAUACUGUUCGGAUCGCGGACGAGGCUGCGCUACACGAAGACGAUGAUCUAGAUGAGGAGGCGAUCGAGAAGCGGCGGAGGGACCGCGAGGCACGGGCCCAGGCUCUCACUCUGGAAAUGAUGGGUGACCUGCCGUUUGCCGAGGUCGCUCCCCCUGAAAACGUCCUAUUCGUCUGCAAGCUCAACCCCGUCACGACGGACGCCGAUCUGGAGCUCAUCUUUGGCCGAUUCGGCAAGAUUCUGAGUUGCGAGGUCAUUCGUGAUGCCAAGACAGGCGACAGUCUCCAGUAUGCCUUUAUCGAAUAUGCUGACAAGGCGUCCUGCGAGGCUGCCUAUGCCAAGAUGCAGGAUGUCCUGAUUGACGACCGGCGUAUCCACGUGGACUUCUCGCAGAGUGUGAGCAAGCUGCAACAGGUCUGGAGAGACGAUACAAACCAGAAGCGCAGAAAACACGCGUCCAGGGGUGGAUUCGGAGGUGUUGACGAGCUCGAAAAGAGGCGGCAAUACCGUGACGAAUACGAGCGAAAUGGAGAUGAUUACGAUCUGGUGUACGGAGACGAGGAGAUGAAGGGUCGCCACCAGCGCGCCAAAGACCGUCGUCCCGAGUCAGAUAAGCAGCAGCAGCCUGAGCAAGACAGAGAUCAACGGGAAAGAGAUCGACCCAGAUCGGAACAGGUGCGGAGACGCAGUCGAAGCCCCGGACGCUCAAGGGCCAUGGAUAGGGACAGAAGAGGAGAUGGAGAUCGAUACCGAUCCGAUGAUCGCGGUUCCGGCCGACGGCACGAUCAAUACGAACGGCGACGUGACGAUAGGGAUUCGGGUCGCAGAGACCGCAGAGACUGGGACAAUCGGAAUCGAGGUAGGGAUCGAGACUCGGACAGACGAAGAUAG